AUGUCGUACAAUCCCAAUUCCUAUCCUCCUCCACCUGGUGGAGGAGGAUAUCCGCCACCUCCGCGACAGGAGUAUCAACAGUCUGCUUAUGCCAACCAGGGUUAUGGCUCUCCACAGGGUUCCUACAGUGAAUAUCGACCGCCUAGCGAAGAUCAAUAUCGAACUUCACCCCGCACCUCUGGGAUGCAAGUAGGACAGUAUAGUGGUGAAUACCAUAGCGGAAGACGAAACUCCGGCCCAUAUGCUGCAUCACAAUACCGCGACAAUGACGGCGGAUAUUACGCUUCUCCCUCGCAGGCUGCUUCAUACUAUGACCGCCCCAGCUCAAGGGGCUCAAGAGGAUCGAGGCGCGAGAGAGCGCGAUCGCGAUCGCGAUCGGGAUCGAGACCGAGAGAACGUGGAGAGAAAAAGGGGCACGAAGCAGAGAAAAAGGUCGGGGCGACACUUCUUGGAGGUGCAGUGGGUGGAUGGGCUGGACAUGAGUUCGGACACAGUAACAGCCUCGUGACAAUGGCAUCUGCCCUUGCAGGUGCAUAUGCCGGUCACAAGCUUGAAGCCAAGCAUGAAAAAAAGAAGAGGGAGCGCAGAGAAAGUGGCGGUCGAGGAUUUGACGACGGCUCCGAUGAAAGACGACCCAGUCGGAGUCGGAUCGCCGAAGGAGCAGGAGCAGAAGCAGCAGCGACAGUGAAAGCGACAGCAGCAGACGAAGGCAUCGCCAUCGCCAUUGAGCAGGAUCUACAUGACGUUAUGAAAUAUGAUGUGGCGCACGUGAUUGUUGAAUGA